AUGCAUAUUCAAUUUCCGUCCCCAUCUGUAAAACUUGCUGCCCCGGCUGAGGCUCGCAGCAACCCACCUCUCUCCCCCAGGAUGACUCUCCCCAACCAUUGCCCACCCGACCUCCUUCACCACACAUACAGCAUCCCCGACCUCCACCCAGCGGACAUCUCUGCCCAGCCAAUGCAUCACAUCAUCACCCAGCCCCAAGCUCCCACCGCUCCUCCUGCCCACCGGCCCACUUCUUCGGCCGAUCCCAGAAGUCAUCUCCCCCAAGACAUCCUACAUAUCCUCGAGUCCAAUUUCACCGGCGAUUCCGCAGACAACCAGGACCACAAAGAUCAGCAGAUCAGUCGUGUUGCCGAAGAACUGAGAGUCAAAGUUCGCUUGAGCCGAUACCGACGGGUGCGAGAUCAACUCUCAGAUAGUGAAGAUGAAGACAGCGAGCCGGGAAAAGCAAGCGGAUCAUCAGAGGAAGAUACGGAUGACGAAAGCGAAGAAAAUCGAGACAAGAAGAAUGAUUGCCAUCAAUUUGACCCUCAGAGUCAUAAUGAAGCAGACCUAAUCGACGGAAGUGGUGAUGAAGACGAAGAACCUGCGCCAAAAAUAUCCCAAGAUCCUCUGCCCACAACCUUCGUGGAGCAGCAGGAUCUUACUGCUCCAAAAACGAUCGAAGAAGACGAGUCCGUAAAGAAGCUUCUCGCCCAAGUCCAAUCUCAAAUUGACCAGCUCAAUCAAAGCUCAGAACAUGCACCAAUUACAACGACCGUGCCCCCUGCGCUCACUUGUCCGAAAGGAGAACCGCUACCGUCAACUGUACCUGCAGCCCAAGUGGAACCGGCUCAGCCAAGGUCCAACCCCCUCGGCAAGCCGCUGGUAGCCAAGCCCAAGAAAAAGCCUCCGCCCAAGAAACGUGUGGCGGGGCCCGGCGAAUCUGGAGAUGAAUCGGAGGACGAAGGCGGAGAAACCAACGCGUCCAUGGCGGGGCCAACCACGGCCAACGAACUCAAAGAGCCCCCGCCUGAGGUGGUCGAGGUGCCUUUCACGCGGGUUUCGGACGACGACGAACUGAGGUCGAUCAGUCCUUUUGGCUCGGUCACUUCGCAGAUCGGAAACGUGCUUGUCAUCCAAGGUACCGCUGGACUAGGAUACGAUCGCGUGCUGGAUGAGGGCACUUUGGUCUGUCAGAAGGACGGUCUGGUGGUCGGCAAAAUUUUCGAAACAUUUGGCUCGGUGACCAGCCCUCACUACAGCAUCAGAUUACCUAAUCAUAUCCUAGCUUGCGCGCCUCGAAACGACGAAGAAGGGGUGGACCUCUCUCCCGGGGUCGAGCUAUGCUACCUCCCACGGCACUCGCAUUUUGUCUUCACGGCUGAACUCAAAGCACAGCCGAAGGGGACAGACGCUAGCAACUUCUACGACGAGGAGGUCGGAAACCCCGACGAGAUCGAGUUCAGCGACGACGAGGCUGAAGCGGAGUACCGUAAGGCGUGCAAAUUAGCGAGGAAAACCGCCAAGGAUCCGGGCGGGAACGGAAACCAUCAGAACAAUCCUCGUGCCAACCAUUCAGUCCACGUCUCAGAACACGGGCGACGGAUGAUAGUCCCCAUGCCUUCUGAUAAGCUCAACUAUGGUGCAGAUGAUGUGGCUUACGAUGGAACGGUAGAGUCCGAUUACAGUCUCCUCGAAAGGCCGAAGGAUUUCACUAUCAGUCGUGAUACCUCGAUGUCCGUGCCGACUCCCACUAACCCAACAAACAGACAGACGCCAGGCCAAAGAGCGCGAGGCAAGAAACGCGCCACUGGCGGUCGAGAUAGGAACCGAAAGAAUUUGGCUUCCCAGCCGUCCCAUCCAUCGUCCGGUCAACCCGCCAAUACCGCGUCCGGAAACGGCCCAAGCCGUCCGGCUGGAACUCCCCGGACAGGCACCCAAUCCGGCAGACCGUCCGGGCAUGCGAAUCCGCCCGCUUCUCUCCCCCACAACCCGACCACGAACCGGUACCAGUCCCCCACAGGAGUCCCAGGGACCAUGAUGAUGGGCCCAGGCCCGAUGAACAUGAACUUCGGGGGCCCCGCGAGUGCGAAUGGGGGCCUACAGCAGAGUAUGCAUUCCCCGGCUUACAUGGGGAUGUGGAACGGGACCCACGGCGGGCUGCCGAUGGCCCACCAGAGCCCGAUGAUGAUGUCGGCAAUGAUGAUGGGCCAGUCUUCUGGACAGCAGCAACACCCAUUGGGCGCGGCCAUCCCUUCCUACAACCCCCAUCUUCCCUCCCCCUCCGCUAACCAGUUCUUCCAGUUCGGAUGCCCGAACACCAACAUCAACUCCUCGCUUCCCUCUCCCCCAACUCCCGCUUCUUCUCAACACUUCCCCAUUCAAAACUCGCCCAUCAAUUCCCAGCUCCCGUUCGCGCUUCAUCAGCCUUUCCAGAACAUCCUGCCCCACAACCUGACCCUGGAUCAUAACCAGGCCGCGCAUCAACCGCCUGCACCCAAUAAUAACCCCAACCUAGGCCACUUCAAUCCGUGGUUCUAUAGACCCCCCUGA